AUGGCCGGGUACGAUAGGAAUCUAUCGAUGAAAGAACAGAGGAGAGACCACAACGAAUACGAAACCAUAGAGCGUCCAAAGGCCAGCAGAGGAGGCGCCUAUCACUAUAAAUCCUCCCAUCCGCGUCGCCGGGAGCAAGAUAGACUUUGUAGAGGUCGUGGUGGUUACUAUCAUCGACGCCCUUCGUUCCAUCGAACCGAUCAGAAACGAGGUGGAGGGAGAAUCGCGUCCCCAUCCCCACACGACGAAUUUGCUUCACAAGAACAGCGCAAGUCUUACCCAGAGCAUCAGGUAAGGGUCCGACAAGAUGAAGAAGAACAUUCACAUACACGAUUCCAGAAACAGAAGCGACUAAGGAGUGCUUCACCACCCCUUUCGCGUCGCCACCAUUCUUCCGUCAGCAAAAGAGCCCAUGGCAUAGAAGACGGCGCUGACAGAUAUGGGAAAUUUCGAAAGCAUAGCUCUUCUUCAAAGAGGUUUCCUCCUCGAGAUAAAGAGAAUCUAGAAGCUAACAAUUUUGCUGAAGUUUCCACCGGGAAAAGCUCUCGACCGCAUCCCCCUUCCGACGAGCGGAGCCUUCUUACCGCAUCCCCAAGACCUUCACAUACUCCCCCAUUCCCUCGCAAUAUAGAAAACCCUCUCCGUCCGCCAUCACGAUACUCGUUUAUCUCUAGAACCUCUCGUCACCAUUCUCCUUCCGUAUCAACCUCGCAGCCCUUAGAACCGCUCUCUAACAGUCCCUCCAGACUCGAUUUUUCUCCUUUACACAUCGCCAGUAUUGGCGUUGGUGAGUCUAGUAACAGACGGGGAAUCAAUAACGACGAACACAUGCGUGACACAUACCCCGUACAUGGUGUAAGGCCGGCAGAAGCCCGGUCUUCACGGCGGCCGUCACAUCCGUCUGUCGAUACUCGUCAGCCAUAUACCACAUCACCACAAUAUGUGACUCCCACAAGCUCGAGACACGAGUCUCCACAGUCUGGCUCUCCUUACAGUGGUGGUGGACGCGGCUCAUGGUCUGGACAACAACAAUCGCAGCCUUAUCAUGGACAGUCAAGACAAAUGCAUGGCUACUCCCCACCUUAUCGUCAAUCAAGCUACCCGCCUCAAAGUGCACCGCCAAGUCAGUAUUAUCAAGGUCAACCACCUAGUUCGGGCCACCUUCCGCCGAGUUAUUCGAACCAGUCGUACAGAGGAAGUAGCUCAUCAUAUCGUGGUUCACGAUCCCGAAGCUCACAUUUAGAUGCUGUACAAUGGACUAGUCGUGGCAGAGGUACACACUCUACCUCUCACACGUACCCGCCCCCACUACCAAUGCAGAUCCCAUCUGAAGAGCAAAUGUCUGCUGAUAUAGAUGAGGAAGAUAAUCCGUUUCGUCCGUCAAAGGACCUGCAAGUAGAGGAUCAAGGGGCGGCAGGUGAUUUAGAACAUCCUGAACCCUCUCCUCCCAAACAACAGCCUAGCACUACUUCACAGCCAAAGGAAUCCGGAAAAUUUAGCUUCGCUUUUAAGUCGAAGGCUACGCCAUCCCAAGCUCCAAAACCUAUCCCUGACUUGACGCACAAGAUGCGGGAUCCGCCUCGACCUUUGGAGCUUCAUAAAACGAGACCACAAUCCGUGACCUCUAAGUUGAAGCAUGAAACACGUUCUGAUCGUCGAGAUGACCGUCGAGAUUCCCGUCGAGGAGAUCGACGUUUUGAUAACCGGGAUGAUAGACGACGAGACCGACGAGAAGACCGGCGAGAGUCACGGCCUGAGAAACGAAAAGACCGAACGGCUGAGCGUACAAAACCGAAGAAGAAAAUUCUGACUCGAAUGAAACCUCGACCUACACUUUCCGAAGAAUUCUCUCGUGCUGAUUCUGUAUAUUAUCGCAAACCUGGAAACGAAUCCGUUGUGGGAGCUGGAACUUACGGAAAAGUUUUCAAGGCCGUGCAUGUUUUUACAAAGAAUAAGGUCGCUCUCAAACGGAUACGUAUGGAAGGUGAAAAGGAUGGAUUUCCCAUAACUGCUGUUCGAGAAAUACGACUCUUACAACACCUUCAUCAUCAGAAUGUGGUCAGUCUGCAAGAGGUAAUGGUGGAGAAAAAUGAAUGCUUUAUGGUGUUUGAAUACCUUUCACACGAUCUUACUGGCCUCAUUAACCAUCCGACUUUCAUACUAUCGGCUGCGCACAAGAAACAUCUUGCCAAACAAAUGUUUGAAGGGCUGAACUAUCUUCAUCAUCGUGGAGUCCUUCAUCGUGAUAUUAAAGCCGCAAAUAUUCUCAUCAGUAAUCAAGGUCAGCUCAAGUUCGCAGAUUUUGGCCUUGCUAGAUUUUUUUCGAAGUCACGGCAGCUCGAUUAUACCAACCGAGUUAUCACAAUAUGGUACCGACCUCCGGAGUUACUUCUCGGUGAGACUCGAUACGGUCCUGCAGUUGACAUUUGGAGCGCUGCAUGCGUCUACAUGGAGAUGUUUACCAAGAAAGCCAUCUUCCCUGGGGAUGGCAGUGAACUGAAUCAAAUAGAUAAACUCUAUAACUCUCUUGGAACCCCUACAAGGGCAGACUGGCCGGAUAUUAUCGAUAUGCCCUGGUUUGAGCUUAUGCGGCCUGCGGAACGGAAGAAAAGAGCGUUCGAGAAUCUAUACCGGGACUGUUUAUCUCCUGCUGCCCUUGACCUUGUUGCCAGCAUAUUCCGAUAUGAUGCUAGCAAAAGGCCCUCUGCUGAGGAAAUUCUUGCGCACCCUUACUUUGUGUCUGAAGAGCCAGGCCCACAGCAAGCUAUGGAACUGGCAGACGUGGAAGGCGACUGGCAUGAGUUUGAAUCCAAAGCUCACCGAAAAGAGAAGGAUAAGGAAGCUCGCCGCGCGGAACAACGAGAGAGAGAAAAGCGUAAAAUGGCCGGCACCACCGAUCUUAGUGAAGAUAGAGAACCCAAACGUACCAGACUUGAAGACAGUGCUCCGACGUCUCAGGGUCCCGAGGCGGAAAAUUAA